CGUGUUUCCUGACCAAAACAACGAACGAGAGCGAGUGGAGUUGUUGCCAAGCACAACAAGAAGGAACACAGCAUCGACGCCAACCAAGCUGCACCAGCAGUCCUCAUCGUUCCUGCCUCUGUGUGUGUAUGUGUGUGACAAGCUACCUGACCACGGUGACAACAAAGAAUGAUGCACCAACAGCAGAUGGGAUCGACGCGAUCCAUUCGCGCCUCUCGCACGUCCUCCGCGCGACCGCCGCCAACCCUGCUCGUGCAACGUGGUCCGCCAUCGAUUCCGCCGGGCACGGCCUCCAACGCGCCCAUCAAGCACGUGAUGAUGAACAAUGCCGCAGGCUCCUCGCCAAAGGGGUUCUCCUCCACCGCGCGCCGGUUUCAGCAGCAAGCGGCAUCGCCAACGCCGCCUUCGACAACGUACAAUGCCCACAAGCGGCUCGGCGCCUUGCAGGUGCACCCGGAGUCCACCUCCAAGAAGGGCUCCGGCUCCUUUGCCUCCAAGAGUCGUCGGUUUGUGAAGAAGAAGCCUGUGCAAGGGGGCGAGCCAGGCUCAUAUGACCUCCCCACCGCUUUUACCUGCAAGCAAACAAACGCCACAAACUCGUCAGCGUCCAUGGGCAGGGGAGUGCGUUUCAGUCCAAGUCAACCCGUCUUGGCCUGGCUCCAGCCGCACACACGCCGGGACCAGGCUCGUACAACCUCCACGCAACACCGCCCGCACCCUCCACUUCCCCUUCCCGCUCCCCACACAAUCAGCGCCAUGGACAACAACAGCAUCAACACCACCAUCAGCAGCAUCAAUUGCACCAACAUCAACAACAACAUCAACACCAUCAGCAGCAGCAUCAACAGCAGCAUCAACUGCAGCAUCAACAGCCCACUUCCAGCUUCCGCUCGGCUGUUCAGCGGGAAUCGCCAUUGCCUCCAACAGCACACACGCCGGGACCAGGGUCGUAUAACGUGGCAUCGGACACCCCCGCGUCCAAAGCGAAACAGCAGCAGCACGUUGCUCUCCUCGCAAAGCUGCGCGGGCCCUGCCUCCCGUCUGGCCAACACCGUGGCGGCACGCGGCAGCGAAGCGCUCAUGUACUCCCAAUAUGGACAGCUUCACGCAGACGCCAGCCCUGCUCGCAUGCGCGACACAGACCACCAACACUACGGCGGUGGUGGCGGUGGCGGCGGAUAUCAGCGUCGCGGUGGCAGUGGCGGUGCGCACGCUGACGCUCGCUACUACUACGACACGGCCAGCAGCACGUACAGCAGCAGCCGUGGAUAUGGCGAUGGGUAUGAGUAUGGUGGCAGCAGCGACGUGUAUGAUCAGUACGCGGGGUACAGCGACCGCUACCACCACCAGCAUCGCCAGCGUCACAGCGUGAGCAGCAGCACGCGCAACUGGUCGCCACAGGCCCGCCGCAAGUUUCUUGCGUCAACACAAGUGCCGUCCACGCCAGGCCCAGGCGCCUAUGAAGUGACGCAAGAUGGCGGCAACAGCCCCGCGCACAAGGGGCGUGGUACAUCCAGUGUCUUCAAGUCCAACACCCCACGCACAGGCAUGGACCAGCAGCUUCAGCGCUUGGCCAAGGACGCCUUUCCCUCGCCAACCAACUACCACCGCAGCCAGCACCAGCUCCCGUCAAAGUACAGACCAGGCAAAGGCUCGCUUAGGUCCACCUCGCUCGCCCGCACAUACGCCGCUGCCGCCGCCGCCACAUCUGUGCUGCCGUCUGUGCCAUCAACCGCACCGGCUGCAUCAGCAUGCGAGCGCACGUCCAACAACCCGAGCCUCGUCACCCUGAGUGCCGGAAGCGGUCGCCACCCCCACGGCCGUCGAGGCAAUGACGAUGUGAGUACGAUGCGUGUGAGCGGAGUUGGCUCCACAUCACCGUCCGCCCGAACAGACCAACACCAACACCAUAAUGGUCAGCGUUCGCGGUCCGGUUCGCUCGCAAGUGCACAGCACCGCAGACACCAGCGCCAGCAGGAGCAUGGCGAGGGGAGUGGUGGCGUGUCCAAGAGUGCAACCAACAUGCGAGCGGCAUCAAAAUCGUCAUCAGCAUCGUCGCUGGCACGACAGAAGCACGCGUCGCAACAGCCUGGUGUUGCUGCGUUUGAGUUUGGGAUUGAGCCCCAUCACACAACACCGUCAUCGGCACCAUCGGCACCAUCAUCACCUGCCACAUCGUCACACCACGCUGGCCCGCGCCACCGCGAGCAUGCCAGACAUGUUUACCCGCACGGACAGCAGCGCCCAGCCCACCCGAGCAGCCACGGCAACAGCGCAGCCACCACGACGACAACAACACGCACCACCAGCCCACAGGCACGCCACCCCUUUGGUGGCGGUCGCGCUGGGGAUGGGAUUGUAGCUGGGGAUGAGGGUGGGAGCCCGUUGUUGGUGAAGCAGGCAUCCUUCAGCUCUGCACCGACGCAACAUCAGUUUGGCGUGGGUGCUGUUGGCGUCUCUGCACAAUAGUCAACAGUGAGAGGGGGGAAGAGGAGUUGGAAAGCAGGAUGGCAGCUAUGGUGACGUGGUGGUUGAAUGAUUUUGUGCGUGUGCGUGUGUGUGUGUGUGUGCGUGCGUGUGGUUUGGUGUCGAAUAGACAAACGUUCUGACAAGGGCCCUUGCUUGCUUGCAGUGGCCAAUGAAAUGCUGCUAUGCUAC